AUGGUUAAAAAUUUUAAAAAAUUUAAAGAUGAUGUCCCCACAGCAAGACAAGUUGGUCGAAGACAACCCCAAAGUGUGAACUUUGACUCGUCACAAUCAGAUAAUCCUACUUCGAAAUCUCCUAUAUCAACAUCUCCUGGACUGUCAUCAUUUACUCAAUCUGAACGACCUAUUGGGGUAAAAAAAGCUAAAUUGAAAAGGAAAAAUAAUGAUCAUGAGUCAAGUAUAGUGGAGUCCAUCGAUACAAAUAACAACCGACUUAUAGACAUGUUAGACAAGGCGAGCUUGGACAUGCAAGUAGCAUUUGAUAUCGAACGAGAAAAGAUAGCCAUGAAAAAAGAUAAAGAUGAAUGGAAAUUUAUAAUGAAAGAUUUGAAUUCCAUUGCUGAUCCAAACGUGCGUGAGUACGUUCGAGCUCAACAGAUUAAAAUAAUACAAAAAAGAAAUCAACAAGAACAAGGGUCUGCUUCUAAUUUUGGUAAUUAUUUCAAUGAUAUUGGACACUCUGGAUCCGAUCUACCAGAUUAUUAA